UGGGUUGAACCUUACAGGCAAAACAAACCUCGGUAUCACAGACUUUUGGGAGACAUGACUGCUUAACCUGCAAGCGCUUUUCAAUGUGUAGCUUUGGCUUUCGGACUUAAGAAAAGUGAAAACACGGGAUGAAAUAUGAACGAAUUACUGCCAUUAUUGUUAUAUUUCAUUGUCCUCCACUUUUCCUAUCAAGUUAAAGGGGAUGAAACAACAAAUAUUACCAAUAUAAUUAGGAGCUUCAGAGUAAAUGUAAUAAAUGACUCAGACAUUAUUUCUCUGGACGAUGAACAUGACGUCAGUGCUGCUAGCUACCUAAACAGCAGCCUGAGUUCUCGGCUCAUUCCUACUGCCUACUUAGUGACGAUACUCAUUGGUGUCCCAUCCAACGUCAUCAUUAUGAAAAUGCUCUGCAGCAGAAUCAAGACCUUUUCCAGUGCCAUCCUUUACAUGAGCCUUGCGGUAUCGGACCUCUUGACUCUGCUUACUCUGACGCUUAAGGUUCAUUACUACUAUAACGGCAACAAUUGGAUAUUUGGGGAAGCUUUGUGCAGGGUAGUGACAGCCAGCUUCUAUGGAAACAUCUACUGUUCUAUCUACAUGCACAUGUGCCUCAGUUUCAACCGCUACAUGGCUGUCGUUCAUCCUUUCAUGUACAAGAACCUGCCCAGGUUCUGGUGCAACAUGUGGAUCACCCUGAUUGCCUGUGCUGUACUCCUCAUUGCCAUGGUACCAGAACUACUUGUCCGACAGACUUACAACCUCCUUCACUUAAACACUACCACAUGCCAUGAUAUUAUUUCAACAAAUUUGGAAUACUACAAUUUCUUGCUCUACUACAAAAUUGGUCUCACAUGUUGGGGAUUCUUUAUACCCUUCCUGGUCACAAUCUUUUCCUAUGUGUCUAUAAUCAAAAAACUGAACAAAUCUCACUAUGACUGGAUGUCCUACAUCAGGAUCAGCUCCUUGGUGUUUGCCAUUUUUCUCAUCUGUUUUACACCCAGCAAUGUCUUCCACUUCGUUCAUUACAUAAACCUGGUUAUCGGCAAUGAGGACUCCUUCUAUAUCUAUUACAGCACAAUGCUCUGCUUGUGCAGCCUCCACUGCUCCUUGGAUCCUUUCCUCUUCUUCCUCAGGGUCAGAACAACAAGAUCAAAAAUAGUCCUCAUUACCGAUAAAGAAGAGGAUGUACAAUCGAAGGACAGUGUGUCAUUCUAAAAUAAGCCUUAUAAACUUUGACAUUCCAUUACUUGAAAUGCUAUAGCAGAAAUGUUCCUUGAAUCAGUGAGGCUAAGACAUUUAUCGAUGUGGUUUUACUGGGAAGCAGUCUGGAUACGAUGCAAAGGGUAUAUUCAGGGGAUAAAACCGCCGUCUACUGUACAGUUCUAAAAUGAAUUCUAUUUUAAUGAAAUUUGUUUUCUUAAUUAAUAUAUGAUAUAUCAGUAGUAUCAGUCGAUUCAUUGCAUUCAAUCAGCUUCAGGAUUCAUCUGCAGGUUGUGCAACAAAAGUCAGGCUGAUACACGUCAGAAAUACUUCUCUGAUUCCGCCAGGGAGCCUCUGACUGACACACCUCUUUGGGCAGGUAGCUAUGGGUUACUUGCAGACUGCUGAAAGAGCUUUACAUCACAGUAGAAUUAAGCUUAGCCCAAUGUGGAAUCAGAAUACCAGCAUAUUGUUUUAGUUGUAUUUUACCAUAAAUAUCUGUUUUUGUGUUCCUUUAGCGGAGUUAUAUGUAGUACAUACUAAUUUUAUGAAAUACUGUAUAAAAGUUAAUAAAAUAAGUGAAGUUUAUGCAAAAA